UUUCAUGCUUGUAGGAAAGUCACGAAACUACUUCUUCAUCAUUGAACCAUAAAAUGCGCGACGUUCUCACAAUAGGUGCCUGACAUUAUCGCUAUAUAAUGACAUCGAUGAUAGAGACAAUGCCACUGAGAGAGGCCGAGUGGGAGAAAACCGUGUUGUGCGGUAGUGAAGUGUUUGUCAGUUGAGAUAAAUAUUAUUUUCACUCAAUUUUCUUCAAGAACAUGAAUUUGAAUGGCUGCCAUCUGUGAACCUUAGAGAUCUACAAAAACUACACUGAUAAAGGUUGAUUUUGAUUGACAAAAUGGUUAUUCGUGGCUCUGACUAUUCAUUGUAUUUCUAUUCAGAUAUGCGAAAAUUACUGUUUCUUGUGAUCACAAUCACUCAUCUUGUGAUUCCUGGCACAGCACAAAGGUACACUCCAAAUAGUAUGUCCUCUCAAGAUGACUUUGAUUACUCCAGAUUUAUUAAUGAAAAUCCUCCUCAUCGUUUUGGACCUAUAAGAAGACCAUAUACAGGUAAUUCAAGAGGUCAAACCCUCCUGGAUUAUUUACAGCCAGAUGACGUGGACUCAGGUCUCUAUGAUGACCCUAGAAAACUGCCUGGGAACAGUUGUACCAGGCCUUGUGGAAGGGAGAGCCGAACCUGCUACUACAGGUUCACAUUGGAACCCUACGUUUCAUUCGCCAGAGCGUGUGGUAACUGUUCCACUAAUUUCAAUGACUGCAAUAAAAAAGGGUGUGUUGUAGCAGACGGGGUAGAGAGAAGCAUCCUCACUAUAAACCGGCGCAUGCCUGGGCCAUCUAUUCAGGUAUGUGCAGGAGAUCUAAUUGUAGUAGACGUUAAAAACGCAAUGCCUGGAAGAAGCACGACGAUCCACUGGCAUGGGAUGAAAAUGAGGAACUAUAAGUUCAUGGACGGCGUUCCCAUGGUAACACAAUGUCCAAUUGUAGAGUCAACUAUAUUUCGCUACACUUUUAUUGCUGACGAUCCCGGCCUUCACUUCUACCACUCUCACGAUGGUCUCCAGAAGGUUGACGGUAUUGUAGGUGGUCUCAUGAUCAGAGUACCACGGGCUGAUGACGUCAACAGUAAUCUGUACGAUUUCGAUCUGCCAUCGCACAUGAUCGUAGUGCAGGACUGGCACCACCUUGUAGCUGACGCCAUGUUGCCGGGUUUGCGUUACGACCGAACCGAUCAAAGGCCUCUGACGUAUCUCAUAAAUGGAAGAGGACAGUACUUGACAAGAAAUGGCACUAAACUUACAACGACGCCAUUUGCUGAAUUCAACGUGACUCAAGGAAACCGCUAUGUCUUCCGAGUUAUAGCCGGAACCUGUACUGAGUGCCAGUAUGUGUUAACUAUAGAGAACCAUGACAUGGUGAUCAUCGCAGCGGACGCAGGGUCCAUAAAGCCUUACAGAGUUGAUAGCAUUACCAUGUCUCCAGGUGAGCGUUACAGUUUCGUAGUUAAUUGUAACAGGACGGUUAACUCUUACUGGAUACAGGUCAGGACAAUAGGAUAUUGUAACGCCACUGGGGCGUACCAGCUAGCCGUCCUCAGGUACAGAGGGGCCGGCAGGACGCCCACAUCUACACCACCAACCUACGCCGUCACUGCUUCCAACAGGCCUGGAAUAACAAUGAGCCCUGUCAACUCUGCCUGCUCGAAUGAGUCAAGGGUCCGUGAAGGACCGUGUAUCUCCGAUUUGAGAAGCGCGUAUACCGCCCCUUCAGUGAUCAGAAGAACUCAAGGUAUCACUCGGAUCUAUUGGGCUUUUGGCUUUUACAUCUUCGAAGACGAAGAACUUUACAACUCACCCGAGUAUGAUGUAUUCCUUGUGUCACCUGCUACUAAUAACUCGGUCGGAAGCACAAUCAAUGGUAUCGUCAAUGUACCCGCACCCUCACCGCUCCUCUCACAAUAUGAGGAGGUUCCUCGGGAGGUCCUUUGUCCCAAGAACGGUUACGAUCCAAAUACCUGGAACUUAGUUCACAGAGAGUGCGUCCAUGUCAUUGAAGUUCCUGCUUAUGAAGUCAUUGAAAUCGUCAUUGUCGAUACACUUGAAUAUUAUCCUUCAGCAUUGUCACACUCCAUUCAUCUUCACGGGUUUGACUCGUAUAUACUAGAGAUGGGGCUACUUGAACAAGGCGUUCCAUUCAAUCAGUCUUUCCCUCGGUUAAAACAGUAUCUUGAUUCCAACAACCGUCCUAGGAUACCUUUAGAUGUGGUCACCAAGGACACCUAUCCUCUGCCAGCUGGAGGAUAUAUUGUUACCAGGAUAUACUCGGAUAAUCCAGGAUUCUGGUUUUUCCACUGCCACUUCGCCUACCAUCUCGACACUGGAAUGAGCGGGAUACUGCAGGUCGGAGAGGUUGAUUCUUUCCCUCCACCACCUCCAGGCUUCCCCAGGUGUGGAGACUUCUUGCCUUACCCGUGAAUUCAUAGUCCUGGCAUGUCCAAUAAACUGUUUACCAGUUUAAUUAGCAUAAUUUAACUUUAAUUCUACAUACUAUUACUUGAUUUCAAUUACAUUAAAUGAGCAUAACACAUAAAGUAGCUAAGGUUGGAAGUGUUGAUUCAAUGUGAAAGUUGGGUUUAGCAAUGAGAAGAAGAAUUGUUUUACUGUCUGUCUUAUCUUAUUGCUUAUUAAUAUUAGAAUAAAGUUAAAAGGCAAUAUAUAACCAUUGGGAUAUUGGCUGAUUCUACCGAUGGGUAUUCGGUUUUAUUUCGUCGCCUUCUAUCGGGAUAAAAAGAUUAAUAUGGAGUCAUUUUCCAUCAGUUUUCAGUUAAAAGAGAGGGUCCUUAUUAAAAAAAUACCCUGCAAAAUCUUAUAGUUUUUUUAAUACCAUAGGUAUUUACGGUGAUUUAAAUCAUGAAGUACAUAUCGGCUUGAUACCCAAAGUAAUUAUAACUUUAUCUAUUUUUAUAUUUUCCAAACCAAUAUGGUUUAGUUAGAAUAAUUCUUAUGCAAAGUUGAAAGAUAUAUGUAAAUAAUAAUAUUAAGUUUUUAUCCCGCAUGUUUACUUAAAGUGAGUGAAAUAAAAGUGUCAUCUGAUAAAAAUUUCACAAGCGGUAUUACACUUCUUGAACAUAAAUAGUAUCCCUAGUAUUUGUGACAGAGUUUGCUAAAAAAGUUUGUGUAAAAUCCUUACUUGGUUUAAUAAUUCAUAAAACAUACUGUUACCUUUAAGAUCACAUUUCAAUUUUACCGAUUUGACAUGGGUCGUUUAUUGAGCAUCGGCUGAAAAUGGCUGUAACUUUUCAAACAUGUACAUGUCAUAUUUUUAAACAAUACACACCAACUUGUUUAAAAAUAUCACAAAACAAGUGAAUGAUAUGUUUUCCUCAACCAGCAGGCUAUUUAUGUAUUUCGUUUUAUAAACUCCUGAGAGAGUAUUUAUGUUUAAGCAUUUAUGUUUAAUUAUGAAUGUUUCUAAUAUAUCACAUAGAUCUUAUUUGGUACUAUAAACUCCUGUGCGAGUACAAAAUACAGCAUUUACGUUUAAUUAUGAAUAUUUCUAAAAUCAUACGUGAAUCUGAUUCGAUUGGUCCUAAAUAUAACACUUUUAUGGAUAAUAUAGCUUUGCGUGAUAAAAUGUGCCAAUAGCUGUAAGUAAAAACCAUAUCAGAACCAUACCUUUCAUAUGUAGAAGAAUGAAGUAUCAUGUUAAAAGGUGAAGGAAAUGGUAUCGUGUUUUGGCAUAACCUCAUAUAAUUGAACAAUUACGCUAUAUUCUUAUUUGUAAAUCAUCAUGUUGCAUGCAUUCAUGACGUCUUUUUUUUAGUGUUUUUACGGAAUUGAAUAAAAUUAGAAUAUUAGCUCACAAAAAAGUAGUUGGAUUAUAUAGAGAAUUACUUGAAGGUAGUAGGAUGUAAUUUAUAAUCGAAUUAACAUAUACAAAAUACAUUAUUUAUUAAAAGUAUUACUGUAGUAAUGUAGAAAUAAAUAUUUUAUAUUUAACAAAUCAAUAAUCACUACAUUUCAAAAGUUGAUAACUUCGAAAGAUGGGAUUCAACUAUCAGUAUUUAAAUAUAUAUUGUAUGUUAUUAAAAGUUCAUAUAAAAUUGGUCUUUUCUGUUUGCUCCCUA